AUGACCUCCUCACCCCCUUUAAAGAUAUACCUCGCAGGUCCCGAUGUAUUCCUCCCCUCGCCGGUUGAACGAGGCAACGCGCUCAAAGCCAUCUGCACAAAACACCAACUCCACGGUCUCUUUCCCCUCGACAACACCCUCGAAUUCGACGCCAAAACAAACAAACCACACAUCCCCAACAGCGGCGCAUUUGCACAAGCAAUCCGCGACGCAAACAUGGAGUUAAUUAAGUCCUGCGACGGCGUGUUAGCAAAUAUGACUCCGUUUCGAGGACCAAGUAUGGAUGUCGGGACGGCAUAUGAGAUGGGUGUUGGGGCUGCACUUGGGAAGGUGGUAGUUGGGUAUACUCUUGAUGGGGGACGGGGGUAUGUUGAGAAGAUGAAGGAGUGGGCAGGGGAUAAAAAUAUUGAGAGAGGGGAGGAUGGACAGCUUAGGGAUAAGGAUGGGAUGGCUGUUGAGGAGUUUGGAGAAGGAAGGGGGCUGGUGGAUAAUUUGAUGAUGAGCUGUGGAAUUGAGAGGUUGUGUUUGUCUGAAGAGGAGGCGGUUAAGGUGAUGGGGGAGUUGCUGAGGGAGAAAGUUAAGAUGUGA